UAUAGAAAGAACAUUCCUCAACACAAUCAAUGUCAUUUAUGACAAACCCACAGCCAACUUUAUAUUAAGUAGGGAAAGGUUGGAAGUAUUCCCAUUGAGAUCCGGUACCAUACCAGGAUACCCACUCCCACCAUUGCAAUUCAAUGUAGUGCUGGAAGUUUUAGCCACAGCCACCAGGAAAGAAAAGGACAUCAAAAUGAUACAAACUGGGAAGGAAGAAGUCAAACUAUCCCUAUUUGCAGAUGACAUGAUUCUUUAUUUAGGGGAUCCAAAGAACUCCACUAAGAGACUAUUGGAACUCAUAGAAGAAUUUGGUAAAGUCGCAGGAUAUAAGUCGAUACACAAAUAUUGAGAGUGCCAGUUGCCAUGGCCAGCCAGUUGCAGGAGAUCCAGUGGCUGCUGCAGGCUGAGAAGAGGGUGACGGAGAAGGUGUCAGAGUCCCACAAGUCAAAGAAUCAGAGGCUAAAGCAGGCCAAAGAAGCAGCACAGGCUGAAAUUGAACAGUACCGCCGGCAGACGGAGAAGGAGUUCAAGUCCAAGGAAGCUGUGGCACUGGGAUCCCAUGGCAGUUGCAGCAGUGAAGUAGAGAAGGAGACCCAGGAGAAGAUGACCAUCCUGCAGACCUACUUCCAGCAGGACAGGGAUAAAGUCUUGGAUAACCUCUUGGCCUUUGUCUGUGACAUCCAGCCAGAAAUCCAUGAAAACUACCGCAUAAAUGGACAGAAGAAAGCUGCCCUUGUUCCACGGCUGGGCGUUUUAGAUGCUCUCGUGGAGCAUGAAGCUUCAGCAAAGCUCAUGCUCUACCCUCAUGACGAGGCAUUAAAUUACUUCUGUGUGUUUCAUAGGAGGACCUUCACUCAUUAGCUUCUUUGUACAUACUUAGAACUUAUCCAAAGAGUUCAUCUUUUCACUUUGUAUUUCUUAGAGAUAUUUAAUAAGUAUGUCGUGUGUUUUCCUGUGCCUUUUAGACCAAGCAACACAUAUGUCAGUGCAGAUUUUUUCUAUCUUAGAUCUAGUAGAAAAAAACACAAUUCUUUGAAGGAAGAAAGGGAUUUAACAAUUUUUUCACCUAUGCUUUCUUGAAGGUCAGGGGCUUUGUCUACGAAAAAGUAGUAAAUAGUUUCUUGUAACUUGUGUGAAGCAGCAGCCAGCCUUAAUGUCUAUUCUACAGGCAAAAGCAAUGAAUUACUUAUAUAAUUGUUUAGGCUGAUUUUAGAUUCUUAAUCAAAAUUACUAGAUGAUAGAAUUUAAGAACUUAUUACAUACUAUUACUUGGUAUACAGAUGAUCAUUUAAAAGUAAAGACUUUGUCAGGUGUUCUCUCAAAAAAAAAAUACACAAAAAUCAAUAGCCUUUGUAUACAUAGAUAAUGCCAAGGCUGAGGAAGAACUUCUAAGAUUAAUCCCAUUCACAAUAGCUACAAAAAAAAUCAAAUACCUUGGAAUAAAUGUAAGCAAGGACUUCAAAGAGCUCUAUGAUGAGAAUGACAAAACAUUAAAGAAAGAAAUAGAAUAUAUUAAAAAUGGAAAUAUGUUCAUGGAUUAGAAGAAUCAAUAUCAUCAAAGUGUCCAUUUUUCCAAAAGCAAUUUACUGAUUCAAUGCAAUACGAAUCAAAACAGCAGACAUUCUUCUCAGAUCUGGAAAAAAUGAUGCUGAAAUUCAUAUUGAAGCACAGGAGACCUCGAAUAGCUAAAGCAAUUUUGUACAACAAAAACAAAGCUGGAGGCAUCACAAUACCAGAUUUCAAGAUAUACUACAGAGCAGUUAUAAUCAAAACAGCCUGGUACUGGUACAGAAACAGAUAGACCAAUAGAAAAGAAUAGAAACACGAGAAAAGAAUCCAAACAUCUACAACCAACUUAUAUUUGAUCAAGGAGCUAAAACCAAUUCCUGGAGCAAGGACAGUCUAUUCAACAAAUGGUGCUGGAUAAACUGGAUUUCCACAUGGCUAAGUAUGAAGCAAGACCCCUAACUUACACCUUAUACAAAAAUCAACUCAACAUGCAUUAAGGAUCUAAAUCAAUGACCCAACACUAUCAAAUUAUUAGAGAACAUUAGAGAAACCCUGCAAGAUAUUGGCACAGGCAAAGACUUCUUGGAAAAGACCCCAGAGGCACAGGCAACCAAAGCCAAAAUUAACAAAAGGGAUUACAUCAAAUAGAGAAUUUUCUAUACUGGAAAAGAAACAGGAAAGUGAAGAGGCAACUGACAGAAUGGGAGAAAUUAUUUGCAAACUAUGCAACUGAUAAAGGAUUAAUAAUCAGAAUCGGCUGGCGCUGUGGCUCACUAGGCUGAUCCUCCACCUUGCGGUGCCGGCACACUGGGUUCUAGUCCUGGUCGGGGCAACGGAUUCUGUCCCGGUUGCCCCUCUUCCAGGCCAGCUCUCUGCUGUGGUCAGGGAGUGCAGUGGAGGAUGGCCCAAGUGCUUGGGCCCUGCACCCCAUGGGAGACCAGGAGAAGCACCUGGCUCCUGGCUUCGGAUCAGCGCGGUGCGCUGGCCGCAGUGCGCUGGCCGCGGCGGCCAUUGGAGGCUGAACCAAUGGCAAAAGGAAGACCUUUCUCUCUGUCUCUCUCUCUCACUGUCCACUCUGCCUGUCAAAAAAAAAUAAUCAGAAUCUACAAAGAGAUCAAGAUACUCCAUAGCAACAACCACUUAAGAGAUGGGCCAAGGACCUAAACAUACCUUUUUCAAAAGAGGAAAACCAAACGGCCAACAGACUCAUGAAUAAAUGUUUAGGAUCACUAGCCAUCAGGGAAAUGCAAAUCAAAACCACAAUGAGGUUUUACCUCACUCCAGUUAGAAUGGCUUUCAUACAGAAAUCAACAAACAACAAAAGCUGACAAGGAUGUGAGGAUAAAGGCACACUAACUCCCUGUUGGUGGGAAUACACACUGGUAAAGCCACUAUGGAAGACAGUUUGAAGACACCUCAGAAAUCUGAUUGGAGUCCUACCACACAACCUAGCCAUCCCACUCCUCAGUAUUUACCCAAUGUAAAUUAAAUCAGCAAAUAUAUAUUGUAGCUCAAUUCAUAAUAGCUAAAAUGGAAUCAUCCUAAAUGGCCAUCAACGGAAGACUGAAUAAAGAAAUUAUGGGAUAUAUACUCUAUGGAAUACUAUACAGUGGUAGAAAAUGGAAUGAGGUCAUUUGCAACAAAAUGGAGAAAUCUAUAAAACAUCAUGCUGAUUGAAAUAAACCAGUCCCAAAGGGACAAAUAUCAUAGUUCUCCCUGAUAUGUGACAACUAACUGAGCACCUACAAGGAAACCUGUAGAAGUGAAACUGACACUAUGAGAAGCAAUGACUUGAUCAGCCCUUGUCCUAUCAAGGAACAUCUUACUAUUUUAUUCUUUUUAAUAUUUUCUUUUUCUACUUAAUAUCAUUAGUUGAACUCUUUACUUAACACAUAAUUUUUCUUAGGUAUUUAAAUCAAUUGAAAACUGAUCCCUGUUAAAAAUAAGGGUAGGAAUAAGAGAGGGAGGAUAUGUACAGUUUGGCACACAUUCCCACUGACUUACCCCUAAGGGUAAAGCUAAAAACUUGCCAUGGGACUCCAAAUCCCAUUAUGUUGACAGGUACCAAUCCAUCUUACUAGGUGAAGUUUUUGUUUUAAGUGCAUAACUGAGCAUAAAGAUAGGAAUAAGUGAAGGCUAAUAAUAAUAUAGAAUUAAAAAGGAGAGAAUGAUCCAACAUGGGAAGCAGGCCACACAGCAGACUCAUAGAAUGACAAAUGUCUUAAACAGCACUCUGGCCUCAGAAUCAGCCGCUAGGGAAUUCGAAUCUGGCUAAAAAGCCCAUGAGAGCAUUUCAGGCAUGGAAAGCAAAGACACUGUGGCAAAAAAAUGACCUACAUCAAAGAUUUCUGUGAGUGAGAUCCUAGUGGAAAGAAGGGGCCAUCAAAGAAGGAGUUAUCUUUCUCUGAAGGGAGAACUUCUACUUUGAUUAUGGCCCUGUCUAAAUAACGUUGGAAUCUGUGGACUCAAAAGUCUUCCACAGCCUUGGCAGCUCAUGAGAAGAGCCUUGGGUGAUCACUGACAUCAUAGUUAAGGAGUGUCAAUUAUUAAAUCAACAACAGAAGUCACUGUGUUCUUGCUCCCCAGGUAGGACCUAUCUUUAAUGAGUUGUACUAUGAGAAUUAACAGUAAAACAUGUCUUCAAACAGUACUUCAUACUUUGUGUCUGUGUGGGUGCAAACUGUUGAAAUCUUUACUUAGUAUAGAGUUGAGCUUCUGUAUAUAAAGUUAAUUAAAAUGAAUCUUAAUGAAGAAUGGGAUGAGAGAGGGAGUAGGAGGUGGGAUGGGAGUGAGGGAAAGAGGGGUAUGGGGAGAAAACCACUAUAAUCCAAAAGCUGUAGUUAUGAAGUUGAUAUUUAUUAAAUAAAAGCUUUCUAAAAAAAGAAAAUGUGCGUGUGGAAUGAAAUUUUUGACCCCAACUUGUGCCCAUGAAACUUCAUUUUCUGACACUUAGGAGGGCAUCACUAUUGUACUCAUCCCCU